UUUAAGGUUAGGGUUAAUUUCACUUUAUCUCAAGCUAUGGAAUGUUCUAGUGGGGUCCCCCAGGGCUCAGUACUAGGGCCUCUUCUCUUCUUGAUUUACAUAAAUGAUCUUCCUCAACAGGUAACGUCAGACUUAUUACUUUUUGCCGACGACGUGAAACUUUGGAGAGAGAUACGCAACCAAGACGAUAUACAGGCUCUUCAAGAGGAUCUGACUCGACUUCAUAGUUGGGCAGACGAUAACGGACUUACCUUUAACACUUCUAAGUGUAAAGUAGUCCAUCUGCGACAUGUUGCAAACUACAGUUACAACUUAGGAAACUCCUCUCUAGUAGUAUCCCAAGUCGAAAAAGAUUUAGGAGUCCUGGUGCCCCAUGACUUAAAGUCUUACGCUAACUGUGACAAAAAUGCCUUCCGAGCAAACCUUGCACUGGUAACGUUGAGGCGCAUUUUUGGUCAGUUUGACGGAAGAACUUUCCACACAAUCUUCAAUAGUUUCAUCCGUCCCCAUAUAGAGUACGGAAACAUAGUACUCCCCCCUCACUCCAAAAGGAUAAGGUCACUUUGGAGCGUAUCCAACGGCGAGCCACGAAAUCAGUUCGAGGACUCAAAUCUAAGCCUUACGAAGAACGCCUCCGUUCACUAGACCUUUACCCACUAGAAUAUAGGCGUCUUAGAGGUGAUUUAUUAAUGGCUUAUAGUAUUCUUAACACUUCUGGACAUCCUCUUAAACACCUACUUAAGCUUAGUUCGAACAAUAACCUAAGGGGUAACACCCAGAAACUGGAAACACAACAUAGCAAGACGGAAUGUAGACACAACUUCUACUCCUUAAGAGUUGUCAAAAGCUGGAAUUCGCUGCCGGCCGAGCUAGUCCAGGCGACUUCUCAGGAGUCCUUCAAGAGGCAACUUGACCUAUUCUUAAGGACCAAGGACAGCAUCGCACUAUGAUUUACCAAUUUCUUUUCCUCUUUUAUUGUUAACAUACCUAGGUUCCUGCCUGGAGGAUUUGGUGAUCCCCUGCUACUAGACACGGAAGCCUGUUAAGCGAAAGCUUCUUCUAUUCCGUCCACAACCAUUUGAACCAUUUGCAAAUUUUCACCUCCAUAUUCGAAUUAUUUUUGGAUAACUGUCUUACAGUCUGAGUGCUUCGUACGCCCCGAGAAACUCUAUUUCUACAACAUUCGUAGUUCCAGUAUAACUUUCUCACGCAGUAAGUUCAAAUUAGACACUAGUCUUUCUGAAUAAGGCUGUUAAUCUAAUAUCCAUAUUCUCUAUUUCAGUUAAUCGAUGAAGACAUGUACCACGUGCAUCUGCUGUAUACUGCCAUUUUACUCCAAUUCUAACUGUUAUAUCUUAGUUUUGAAUAAUAAAAUUGCUAUAUGCUGCAAAUACA